CAGGCGCCCGCCCCCCAACGGCGAUGUCGCGGUGGAACUAUUUCGUGACGGCCAAGAGGCCCACCGCGGUCACGCACGUGGUCGGCCCCCUGGCGCUCGAGCCCGGGGCGGGGCCGGCCUCGGACCUCGUGGUCGCCCGAGGCACGCGGCUCGAGGUGCACCGCGUCACGCCCUUCCCCGACGGGCCGCUCGUGCAGCUCCUGGACAUGCCCGUGCACGGGCGCGUGGCCACGCUGCAGGCCAUACGGCCGCCCGGCGCCGACUGCGAGCUGGUGCUCCUGUGCACCGAGAAGCGGCAGUUCGCGCUGCUCCGCUGGGACCCCGCCGCGGGGCUCCUGGCCACCGUGGACGGCGGCUCGCUGCACGACGCGCGCGGGCGUCCCCUGGACCACCCGCCGCUGUGCGCCUGCGACCCCGACGGGCGGAGCGCCGUGGUGUACAUGUACGAGGGGCUGUACAAGGUGCUCUCCUUCGCCGCGCGGCCGCCGCAGGGCCCCGCCGCGUGCGGGCCCGCCAUCGGCCCGACGCCCCGCCCGGUCGCCGCGGAGGCGGGCCUCGAGAGCCCCCGCGCGCUGGGGGGCCUCGGCGCCGGGCGCCUGGCGGCGGCGGUCUUCACAGCCGGCGCGGCGGAGUCCCGCGUGCUCGACCUCGCUUUUCUGCACCCGGAGCC